AUGGCUCAUCUUCUUUUUCCGCCAGAUUUAUCAACGAUUAACAAGUAUCAAUAUGAUUAUUUUGAUUGGGAAAUAGUAGAAAACGAAAUAAGGAUACAAAGAGUCAUUUCUGAUAUUUAUGAUACUAAAAUAGAAGUGGAUACUGAAAAUAAAGAUUUUAAAGAUGAUGAAAUAGAAGUGGAUAUUGAAAAUAAAGACUUUAAAGAUGAUGAAAUAGAAGUCGAUUUUGAAAAUACAGACUUUAAAGAUGAUGAAAUAGAAGUCGAUUUUGAAAAUACAGACUUUAAAGAUGAUGAAAUAGAAGUCGAUUUUGAAAAUACAGACUUUAAAGAUUCUUUUAAAAUGUAUGAACGAGCAUUGGAUAUACGAAAACGAUUAUUGUUACCGGUAAUGCAAAGGCUUCUGUACAACAUAUUGGAUUCGGAGAAAAUGUGUUGUACUGAUUCAGGUAUGAAAUGUCGAUUAGUAGCUUUGAUGAUACAAUGCAGUGACAAUCGGCGAUUGAUAAAAAAUGCUACAUGCAAGAAUAAAAUGUGUAUUAUCAGUGAAACCGUUCAAGACGAGGAAAACCACAAGAAGAGUCAAACAGAUGAACAUACAUUUUACGAUGUGGAGAAAAAUGACAGUUUCUAUACUUACUUCGUAGAUAGGAACGGUAUUGACAAGCCGUGGAUAGAAAUUGUUUUUGAUUAAACAGGAUCAUAAUUAACAUUCCAUUAGUUUAUUUAUUAGUUAAACGUUUAAUGUAGUAUGUCAUUGAUUAUUGUUUAUACGGAUUAUUUUUGUUACGCCUAUAGUAAAUGAGUAAAUAGGACAUUAUACCAGCUAUUUCUUAAGAAGUUGGAUAUAAUUAAUUUUUCGAAAAAAAAAUUAAACCAAAAAAC